UUUGCCGGCUACCCCACACGUCCUCUCCGCACUCCACGAUGCAGUCCAUCGCGUCCAAGCUUCGCCCCGCUGUCGCCCGACAGGCCGCUGCACGUUUGUCGUCUCGCAGCGUCUCCGUUGCUCGUCGUGCUCCUCUGCUUCGUGCCGCGUCCGCCUUCGCUCCGAUGUCCCAAUGCGCCUCCUUCUCCACUGGGGGCAAAGGACCGUUUGCUCGCUCCCGCAAGAAACAACAAGAGAGUGCAGUCGAGUCCGUCGAGUACGCGGAGCUGGAUCUCAACCGUCUGGCUGUGAUCGGCGGCGGCAACAUGGCCGAGGCCAUCAUCACGGGCGUGCUGACCGAGGGGCUCAUCCCCAGCUCCAAGGUCGUGGUCUCCGAUCCCAACCCUUCCAUGCGCGGCAAAUACGCCAAGUUGAACGUGGAAACGCACACGCGCAAUAGCUCGGCGGUCAAGGACGCGGACGUCAUCUUGGUGGCGGUCAAGCCGCAGGUGGUCGACGACGUGCUUCGAGCUGUGAAGGCAUCGAUGGAUCCGGAUGCCUUGGUCAUUUCCGUGGUCGCUGGCCAGAGUAUCAAGCAGCUGCAGCAACACUUGGGGCAGGAUAGCCACAUCAUUCGAACGAUGCCCAACACGCCGGCUAUGAUCGGAGAGGGCACGACCGUCUGGGCGCAGUCAGCGGAAGUCACGAGUGUGCAGCAUGAACUCACCAAGCAGAUCCUCGGGUCCUUCGGCGUCGAGGUGUUCGUGGACGACGAGAACGCUUUGGACAUGGCGACUGCCCUGUCUGGAUCAGGACCGGCUUAUUUCUUCCUCGUCGCCGAGGCAAUGAUCGAUACGGGCGUCCACAUGGGCUUUUCACGACCUGUGGCCACGAAACUUGUGCAGCAAACGAUGCUGGGGUCUGCACUGUACAUGCAGUCGGAGGACGUGCACCCGGUCGAACUGCGGAAUAACAUCACUAGUCCGGGUGGCACCACCGCUGCUGGUCUCUACCGUGCCGAGAAAAACGGCUUCCGCGCCGUCAUCGCCGACUCCAUCUGGGCUGCUUACGAGCGUUGCCUCGAACUUGGCUCCUCUGAGCCCGUGCAGCGCCAGCGUCCGCGCUCAUAGGCGUCUAGUCCACUGCCAUAGAUUCUUUUUUCUAUCUUGGAAUUCUCAUUAAAAAAAAUCGCGAUAAAAUGACUCAAGAUGUAUGUUAGCCAUCAAAUUUCGCAAAUUUUUGCAGUUUUCUAU